CAGAAGUGUGUGCGUCAGACCUAGUAGUGCGUAUUGACCCAACGGUUUAUGGUAAGAGUAGCAGAGGCUCAGUGGAAAAGUUAGUCUAUCAUGAAUAUGUAGCCUACGGGAAUGUCACAUGCAUGGACUACAUUUACGUCGGUCAGCGGGAGUUUGGUUAAUUGAUCUUUAUCAGACCUGGACGACCUGGAUACGCUGACACACCUGUUUCUUUUCAGUGAAAGGGAACACACAGAGCAGAUCUGAGGACAAGUCUUCUGUCCCCAUGAACAGCAGCCCCAUAUCAGUGUAUCGGCAGGCUAGCAGGGAUUUGCAGAAGGACCUAAAUGUGUUUUCAAUCUCAGAAGUCAACACUCUUCGGAAGAUAGAGUCCACUGAUAUUGUUUGCUGGAACAGGAAUGUGUUCACACACACGGGUCCCAUUAUUGUGCGGUUUCAGAAGUUUACAUGCAAAUCUCCCUUAUGACUACGUGCUUUUCACUGUUUGUACUGUUUGUAUGUUUUAGGUUGCAUAAGGACAUGGUGUAAGGUUUGUUAGCCUGUGCAGUCUGUGUCAAAUCUGAUUAAUGUAUCUGGCUUUUAUAAGCACAGUUGAAAGCUCUGCAGAAAUUCUCACGUUAUUGGGGCAGUUACUCGUGUUACUUGCGCUGGCAUAUCAUGUAGCAUCGGUGAGCUCCAGGAGAGUGCUUACUGACUGCAGGCAAGAAAAACAACUAGUGUGUAAACUGAUUUCUUUAUUUUUCUUUUUUCCAUUAAUUUAGAAAGAUGUGCUUAAUGCAUGAUCAGGAACUCGCACAUAAAGCUUUGUAGCUAAAGGCAGUGGGUGUAGGUGUGUUUAUUAGAACAUUUCAGAUCAUCAUGGCUAUUUCCAGACACCAGGGAGUAGAGUCCAAACAGGCAGAGAUGUUGUAGGUAAAUCCAUUAUCAAAAUAGAGAAAAACAGUUAAAGAGGUAACAAGCAGGGAGGAAAAACUACAUCAUGAGAAAUAAGGAACAAAGAAAUAAGGAACAAAUUGAACUUGAACCAUGGCUCUGAAUUGCUCUCAUAACAAAGAUGUCGUAAAGGACAGUCAUAGAGAUGAUAUCAUACACAAGGUACAGGUUCAUCAUGAGGAAGGCAAACUAUAUCAGGACACUUAUUGUCAGGGAAACCACUCACAGAAGACCAAACGGACUGAGGGAGGCAGAGAGGACUGAAGGGGGGCAAGAGAAGACAGGUGAUUAGUGGCUAACUCAGGACACCACCAGGCCUUAAAGACCCAAUGUUUUGCCCCUUAAGCAGACUGUUGCUCAGAUUAAAUCAUUUAAUUUAUUACCUUUAAAAUGCAUCUUUAUAAUUUUUUCGAGCCAUCUGGAGAGAAGGCCACUGGAUUUGUGUAAAACAGAGAACAGAGAGCAGGGUCCAUCAGGGGCAGAUGAGCUUGGUGAGGGCAAUCCUCUGGCCAGGACAUUGUGCACACACUCAGGGCUAAAGCCACAGUACUGGCCUGCUGUCUUAGCCUGAGCCAUUGUGUUGUUUUGGCCUCCUUCAGUGAACAAAGCCCACAGCAAGAGCAAGGGCAGAGGUCAUGGAGUGAACAGGGAUCAUGGGAACGCUUAGUCUGGCUAAUUAGGCACGGGGAGUUGUUUCUUUGUUUCAGCUGAUAGCUCGAUCAUUCAGAGGAUUUCACAUGACGUUAUACUCAGGACUCAAAGUAUUUUUUAUGCUUCACUGUUUUGAUAGGAGCCAUGCUUGUGGGUGGAUGAGACCAGUUUUGUCAGGCGACACCAACACACAGUCUUUAUUAGUGCAGUCUUAAGUUACAAAUAGACUACUGCAACCAGGAUUUCUGAGGUGCUUCUGGCAAAAAAAAAGAAGCUCCUCAUAGCUAAAACAGGGCUCAGUUGUUCUCCAUUUGAGGACAGGAGGCAUGGUACAGAGUGGGGAAAAGGAGAACCUACUUCUCUUAAAAGGGAAGUCAGUUGAAAUAAGAGGCUAGGAAUUAGAAUGUGGACAAGAGUGAAUUAAAAGACUAUUUGGGAGAUGAUGUAACCUUGUUUGAGCGCUGUAAUAACUCAUUAAUGAAGUCAAACUAACAUGUCUGGGAGGUCAGUCUCAGUGGAAAACUCAUAAAACAGAGAAGCCUGUAAAUGUGUACUGCUUUGUCAAAAUAUUUAAGAAGCAAAGGACAUUACACAUUCCUUACAAAAUUAACAACAAAGGAAAGGUAAGGCAUGACAGUAUGUUAAUUUUGUGAGAAUAUUUUUAGAUUAAGUGAGUUUAGAGGGUUUCUCUUGUGACACCACUGAGUAUCUUGGGUGGUUCUGACUAUAAAUAAGUUCUCAUAAUUUGAAUAUUCACCAGCAAAUGGUUGCAGCUGUGCUUUAGGGAGCUUGUCUGGUUGUUCUCGAUGCAAGAUCCAAAAGCUCUUCACUUAAAGCAAUUCUUUUUGCAAUAAGAUAUAUUUCAAAUGAACAACAUUCUGUGUGUGUUAUUUUCAAAAACAAAAUAUUUCCUCCUUAAUUUAAGGUCUGUGACCGAGGAGUCACAUGGAAUUUAGACAUUUUAAGACAAAUGGACUUUAGCCUGGAAGUUUUGGCACGGAACAUCGUCUCAUUUUUGAGUGUAGAAUCAGCAGGACAACCAAAGGCACAGUAGUAACAGGGCAAUUAUUUUUGUGUCUCGGCACUACCCGCUCAUACCACACGAGCCACGUCACUUUCUUUUUUCUUUUUUUUGUAAAAACAGAGCUUGCAGAUAUUUUCUUAGUAUUUGAUCUUCCUUAACACACAGUAGUGAGUGUUCUUAAAUUCACUGGAGAAGGAGAAUUUGGGUUUCAAUCCCGAACCACAAAGAUAUCUGCAGCUGGAGCUGGAUUUAUUUCUGAACUUGUGUUUUCUAAACCAGAAACCCAAAACAACUGUGCAACCCAGCAUCUCUGACCACAUACACAGCCAAGGUUUCCAGGAAUCGGAGACGUGUAUAUUUUCAACUUGCAUGUAUCUCGAUGGGAUCAUUUUGGAUAUGGACAAGAACCAGUGGCAAAAACCUAUGCGUACCUUCUCAUGGAAAAACCUCUGAGAAACAUUUCACUCAACUGCAAUUUUUCUGUUCUACUCCAAGGAGCCUUGAGCUAUGCAUAGUUUUACAUGAACGGUAAUGUGUGGAUAAUUUCCUGUCUAGAUUGGGCCAGAUUCUUUUUACCGCAUAGGAGAAAAUCUGCAAAAAAUCCCUGCUGGAAUAGCAGGAGUUUUAGUUGGAAUUCUGGGACUUUGACUUUGGGGGACUUUGAGUGCAUUUGUGUGGGUUUAUUGUCAGCUCAGGAACUCUGUAGUCAUGAACUUGGGAAAACUGUCUGGGCUGAAGGGCCUGGUGUCACACUCUUCAGGGAAGCGGCGCUUUAAAGGCGACCUGACCCUAGACAUGAUCAGCCCUCCGCUGGGUGACUUCCGCCACACCAUGCACGUGGGCCGGGGCGGGGACGUGUUUGGGGACACCUCAUUCCUUAGCAACCAUGGUGGGGCAGGGAACGCUGGCGAUGGAGACUCCCUCACUGCCUCAGAGAAGAGUGAGGGCUUCUUCUCCCGCACCCUGCGCUAUGUCCGCAAGACUCCAGAUCGGCCACGGGGGGGUUCUAAAGACCUAUCCCCACCACCUCCACCCAUCUCCCCCAUUAUAAAGAAUGCAGUCUCUCUCCCCCGUCUGGACGUGGACUCACCCAAUGGCUGUCCUGUGAAGGUGCUGUUUCCUAGUUCUCCGAAAUCUGAGGAUUCUACUUACUCUUACGGGGUGGAGUCUGGUUUUGUCACACUGCCCAGGCUGUCCCGCACAGAGCGGUCACCGCAGGGUGCCUCUCCCUCGGGCUGUGCUGCCGAAGUCUGCCGAGGCUCUCUCACAGAUGGGGGCCUGCGCUUCCUCACUUGCCCCAACUCUCUCAGCCCCUCUGACUCCAUGAACUCCUUCACCGUUGACCUUGGCCCCUCCCUUAUGUCAGAGGUCUUUGCCAUGAUUGACAGUCCAAAUGCCCACCAGGAAGCCGAGUCCUCUGAAGUAUUGUGCAAGUCUGAGCACUCAUUUGGGUUGGCCAAUGGCAGCGCUGUACUGGAGUCAGACGUGAGAACCUCAUUGGUGGAUUCCCUCCUGAGGGAGGACUCUGAGGGCAGGAGCCGUUUGUAUGGUGCAGAGUGGGCCUAUGGGGACAUGGUAAAUGGUGAGACGCCAAAAAGGGGCAUGGCCAGUGACCUGAUGUGGCAUUCCAGUGUGGAGGAACGUGGCAUGGAAGCUGAGAGGUUCCAGAAGGCCGCAGAUGUGCUGGCACGUCAUUACGGCAACAGCAGUGCAACACACAGGAACACAAGCAGCUCCCAGAGGAGGAGCCCUUAUGCCUACCCCGAGGAUGAGGAGGAGAUCAAAGUCUAGCCUGGAAGAAGGACAUUCUCAAUCUCACAACAGUUUACAUAUUGAAUUUAAUCAAGUUGAAGUUACAUUAAGUUGAAUGAGCUAAGUGUCACACAGGAUAAUGCAAUUGAGAAUGUACUGAGAGGUCAAAAGAAUGUGAGUUGGGGUGUUUGAGUUGCAGUGUGCAUGGUGACAGAAAAGGAUUAAUAUGAGGUGGAUUUUUGAGUUCAUUAGAGCAUGUUUUAACAUGGACACAGUAUGUAGGAUAUGUUUGACUGAGACAGUUUGUGAACAAACUGACCUUACUAUCCCUUUGCUUUGUUUAAAUAUGAACACUGGUUACACCACGAGCCAAAGGGCAUGAAUCCAAGCAGGGUAGCCUUCUGCCGUCUACAGAGAUAUCCCAUUUAGCACAAGGCAUUUAAGGGAAAUGGUGCCUACUAAAAGCUAUUUUUGCCAUUUUUCCCCUAAAAUUAAUUGACACUUUUUCAUCUAUUGUGGCUUUAACUACAUAGAUGACUCAUAAGCCGUAUUUCAAAGAGGUGUUUUUUAUCUGACACGGUAGUUCUGUUUGUCAAGAUUAUACAUUACACUCUGAUGCUGAUGCUGCGUUAUCGAAAACCAUCAUCAGGCCACACAAUAUAUUUUAACAGUCCUGGAGUUUUUCAGCUUCUCAUUUACUUUAGUUUAUUAAGCAAUAAAUAUUUACAUACACAAAUAACCUAUGAAUUUAUAAAAACACUUUUGCCAGUUGUGUAAUAAAAAUGUUUAUAUAAAAGAGUUCAGCACAUCAAAGCUGUUCUUUAUGACAGCUAAUAUAAAGUUUGUAUUAACUUCUCUUUUCAUAUAAUGACAAAGGAAUUGACUCCUCAGACAUGUUGUGAUAUAUGUUUUACAUGUACGGAUGUGCUUUUUUGCACAGGAAAUAUACACAAUGCCAAUAUUCCCAUAUAAACGCUAACGAUAAUAUUUGUAAUAAAAAUAAAGACAACAAAAGCGUGAAUGAAAACCCUA